AUGGCCGAUUGUGUUGUUCACUAUGACUCACUGGACACAUCUAGUGAUAAACUGAUUCGACCAAGUGCAAAUACAUUUGAAACUUUGCUCGAGUGUAAGAAAAUACGAGAGAGUCUGGGCGGUGAAAAUCAUCACAUUGAUCAAUGCAAUAAAAUUCCAGAGAAUUUGGGAGAAAUUGAGUACUUCUACCAUCGAAAAUGUUUUCAAAAGUUUGUAUAUGCCAAAACGUUAUUGAAACGGAAAACAAGCCAAGACGGCUGUCAAGGUUCCAAUAGCAAGCUUCAAAAAUCAACAAGAAAAACAUCACAAAGACAAAGUGAUGAAGCUACUGGCUCUAGAAGACUGUUCCCGAAUAUAUGUAUGAUUUGUAAGAAGAAGGAGUUAAGGGUUAAAAGUGUACGCCAGUCACUAUCUAGGAUUGUCACCGAUACUGCAGAAAGAACACUAAAAGAAGCUGAAAUUGCUCACAAUGAUUUAGAAAUAAUGACAGCCGUCACCGAAACUGAUUUGAAAGCAAAAGAAUUUCAAAAACACGAAAAAUGCUAUCUUGACUAUACUAGAGUCGUCAGGAAAACAGCUGAAUCAACCGAAGAUGGAAAUGAUGACAAACAAUCAGGGGACUACAACGCAGUACUUUCCUUGGUAGACAGUGAUAUUAUAGGCGGUCAGCAAUGUUUGUCAAUGGAAACACUAAUGACAAGAUAUUGUGGUAAUAUUGGAACAAGGCAAAGCAGACACAAGCUGAAGGAACGCCUUACGAAGUCAUUUGGCGAUCAAAUAGUUUUUCUUCAAGCAGAAUAG